CACUUCAGUUGAAAAGUAAUUGUAAUUAGGUCAAAGCACUUUCUACUUUCGCUUUCAUGUAAAAGAAGACCUUUAUUGGGUUUAACAAAAUGAAUGUUGCAACUAGAUUUCUGCUUAGGAAACAUUUAAGAAGUUCUUGCAAUUUUACAUUAUUUCGUUUGCUGUCAGAGCAGACAACGAAACUCAAUUUUGAUGAUUUGGUUAAAGACAGGCCAAUAGUCGUUUUUAUGAAGGGCACUCCUGAUGCUCCCCGAUGUGGUUUCAGUAAUGCAGUUUGUCAAAUUCUGAAAUUUCAUGGUGUUGAUAAAUUCACAGCAUAUGAUGUGCUGUCGGAUGAUGAACUCAGGGAAGGUAAAUAGCCAGCAGAAAAUAUUUUUUUUUAAAUUUGUAAACAACUGUCAAUUGUUGGAUGAAUUACAUGAAUGUUUUUGUUACCGGGUUAAUUCUUCUUCUUCUUCUUCUAUAUCUUAAGGGCCCACGAUCAAUUUAUUGAUCAUUUUGGCUCCUAUGCAUGUAGAUGGGAUUUGCAAUGUUUCUGUUACUGGUGGUGAUGAGGAAAUUAUGCACUAGGGGUUUGAAGGCUUGAGGCAAUAGACACAAAUGUGUCUAGUGUUGUCGCCUCAACUGUUCCUUUUGAAAGAUGGUUCCAGUCCCUGAUUGUCUUGGGCAGGAAUGAGCAGCUCCUAUACUGGCUUCUUGCUGGUAUGAGCCUGAAUUGCCUGUCAUGGCCUCGUCGCUGUCUAUGGGGGAGAGGGACGAGUUUCUGUUUAAUACUGGAACAGUGGACCAGCCCAUUAUUUAUCUUGUACAUCAUGGAGAGCCUGGAUUGUCGUCGUCGUUUCUCCAAUGGUGACCAGCCUAGUGUUUCUAGCAUGCUGCCAACACUAGAGGUAUUCCUGUAGCGGUUUAGGACAAAGCGUGCUGCUCGUCGCUGGACCGCCUCCAACCUGUCAAUGCUCUUCUGGGUAAAUGGGUCCCAGACUGAAGAUGCAUAAUCUAAAAUCGGACGGAUAAAGGCUUUAUAUGCUCUUUCUUUCACACAGGAGUUGCCAAUCUUUAGAUUUCGCCUUAAGAACCCCAAGGCUUGGUUUGCUUGGUUACAUACAUUGUUAAUAUGCUCGUCCCAGCGGACCUCUCUUUGAAUGGUAACACCCAGGUACUUUACGGAGGAAACUUGCUCAAGAAUAUGGCCGUGCAGUUUGUAUUGGUAGUGUAGAGGAGUACAACUUCUAGAGAUUGAUAGUGUCUGGCACUUGGCAGGGUGAAAUUCCAUGUCCCAGCUCAUCUCCCACUCAGCUAACAGAUUGAGAUCCUGUUGUAGCUGGUCCUGGUCAGAUCUGUUGGCGAUCGUCCUAUACACUGCUGUGUCAUCUGCAAACAGUCUUGCCUGUGAUGUCAGUUUCUCCGGUAGGUCAUUAAUGUAUGCUAGGAACAAACAGGGGCCCAGGACUGAUCCCUGGGGGACCCCUGACUUCACAUUGACAAAGGAGGAGCUUGUACCGCCCACCACUACUAAUUAAUAAUUAAUUCCAACAAAACACAUUUUGUGUGCUCUUCUGUGCACAAAAUUGGCAUAUCUUGAUCUUGAUUGACUUAAUAGGCCUAGGCCUAUUUAAAAAAAAUAAAAUAAACACCAUUAUGCAAGGAAAACAUAACAUAACAAUGGUACAGAAUAUCAAAUAUGUGUUGGAAUGGGGGCAGGGAUUGAACAUUUUGGAAACAUAUUCCAAAACCGGCGAGUGUGAGCUCACAUUAUGUGAUUAAUAGCAAUCGGCUAGCUAAACCGUAACUAUAAUGUGGACCAUUUUACAUCGCUCCUUGACGAUGUUCUUCCCUACUUUCUAUACUACUAUAUGCUAAAAUCCUAGACUGAUUGGAUGAGGAAUUCAUUUCUUUCAACUGAGUCUUGUCUUAUGACUUAUGAACUUUUUAGCUACCAGUACCAGGUACUGACACUGAAUAAGAAGAAAAAGCUAAAUUUAAAAAAUUAUUGAAAUCUCUUAGAUUAAAAUGAUUUAUGAAGAAGAUGAUUUAGAUUUUGGAUUUGCUUUUCAAACCCCACCCAAAAUAUAAAUGAAAGGUUUUCAUGAGAAAUGUUAUGUCAUCAUUCCGGUAACAAGUAUUACAAUUAAUGAUUGUGCCUUUAACAGCCAAUUAAUCAGUAAAAUGGCACAUUAUUGGUAUAUUAAUCGGUGCAACCAAACCAUCGUUUUAUUCAUUGGUACGUACGAAGAACUCUUCUGUGUCGGAGUGAGCUUUUCUUUGUUUACAAGUAACUAUAGGGUAGGAAUUGGAUUGAAUAUCUUGUACAAACCCACGGGUAUUAUUUUAUUGUCUUUUGUUGUUUUUUUUCAUUUCAAGAAAAAAAAGGAACUUUAUAAUACUGUGUAGAAAGAGUUUUAUAAGUAUUAUACUUAUAAGCUGCCACCUUAGAUUUGAUUUUUGUUUCUUUAAUUUUUCAGGGGUAAAGAAGUACACAAACUGGCCAACAAUUCCUCAGAUCUUUUUUAAUGGGGACUUUGUAGGAGGCUGUGAUAUUAUGCUGGACAUGCAUAAAAAUGGAGAACUUAUUGAAGAACUUAAAAAGCUGGGUAUCCGAUCCUCUCUUUUAGGUCCUGAAAAAGACGACAAAAACACAAAUUCUUGAAAACUACAGAAUGUCUUUUGUGCUAUAUUGUAAAGUGUACAUUCAAAUUAAAUUUUUUUAAGACUUAUAAUUUAACGGAACAAAAAAAUUUCAUUCAAUAAAUGAUUGCUGGUAUUAAAAAAUGUUUGAAGUUGUUCAUAUUUCUUCUAGAUCUGGUGGAUUUUUCGUUUUUGUCAUUUUACUACUACUACUAAGUAGGAAAUGUAACAUAGAAUCUAUGAUAGAUGAUGGUGGGGGGUUAUUAUUACAGUAUUACUACACAAGUUCCCUACUGCAAAUUUUUUGAGUUGCAGCCCCACUUAAAACUUAAACUUAAAGAAGCUAAAGUGAUGUGCAACAAUGAUACAUUUAAAGAAGGUCUUAAAAAAAAAUUUAGGUGACGUGAAAUUAUUGAAAUUAAAAACAAACUUUUUAAUUUUUAGUACCUGGUAGUGGUAUAUAUUUUAUAAUUCAUUUUAUUAGAAUUUUUAACUUACAAUCUAUUUAAAUUUAAGUAAUGAAAUAAUUGGCAUUGUAACUUGUUCACAAUUUACAAGAAGCAUUGAAAUUCACCCCAACUCUUACAGAAUAUGGAGAAGCCAAUGGUUGCAUUUGACAUUGGCUUACCUUAUGUUCUGGUAUUGACUAGGAUCGUCCACUUUUAAUGGGUUAAGACCAGCAUACUGACCAGUUUGAAAUUUUGUCCUGGUUGCAAUUUCAGUUGGUGUAUCUUUAGGUAGUCUUUUACUUUCAUGCAUAAUUAAUACCAGU